AUGCAUUGGUUAACAGGCGUAAAAGCUUGGCUGUUUGCUAGGUGCAACUUCGAAGCAUGCGGAGCCGAAAAAAAGGACGAGAAAGAAAACCUUCUUAUGGCACGGAAUACAGAAGAAGCUUCUUGGAAGAAGUACAGGGUGGCACCCCUACGAUGCGAGCGAUGCUAUGGCACCCGAUCAUCCUGGUAUCAGGAAAGUCAUUUACGCGAUCCCGAAAACCACCCCGCCAUUGGCGUUUAUGAGCUUUCCGCAGCUUGA